AUGCCACCAGUUCAACAAGUACAAGUGCAAUACCAGGAGCCAACUUUGUUUGACAAGAUGAAAAUGGGCUUCCUUAUGGGUUCUACAGUCGGUGCAGUUUCCGGUCUAGUUUUCGGUGGAUAUGCCAUCCUGAAAGGUGGAGCACCAAACGGUGUCGUCAACACAUUGGGUCAAUACAUCCUUGGUUCCGGUGCCUUCUUUGGUAUGUUUAUGUCUGUUGGUUCUAUCAUCAGAUCGGAGGAUCUACAAUACAGCAAUGUUGGCAGACCUGGUAACCUAGCUGAAUUAAAGGCAAGAAUGAUGGCAAGACACAUGAUCAACAUGGAAAAUAUGAGAAAGAACCUAUAA